CAUUUCUCUCUGUUGUCCAUGCGAUAUGACCACGUGAAGCUUUGCAGGUUAUAUCAAUCAAAGUUUAUCAUUUUUUGUGAAAAAGUGAGUGACUCGGUGGUUAUUAAUUACUUUGUGAAAAGUAUACAAGGAAAUGGCCAAGUUUUGUUUAAAGAAGGGCAGCAAAAGGGUUGAGGCCCGCCAGAGAUACAAGAUUGAGAAGAAAGUCCGAGAGCAUAACAGGAAGAAACGGAAGGAGGCGAAACAUUUGAAAAAAAAACCAAAAAUGAUGAAUAUCCCCAAUCAGUGUCCCUUUAAAGAAGAAAUCCUUCAGGAAGUCGAAGCCAUGAAGAAGCAAAACGAACUAGAGAGGGAAAAACGUCGAGAGGCAGCCCGAGAGGCCAAAAAAUUGAAGGUCGCUUCCACAAAUUUGCAAACCUUAGUGUCCUCGGCAGAAGCUAAGGCCCAAGCCCAUGAUUCUCAAACCCCCUCCACCUCUUCGUCUGCUGUCCCUUCAGCUCUCCGAGAAGAAAAUUCUCUAAAAGCCUAUUAUAAAGAAUUCAAGAAAGUCCUGGACUCUGCAGAUGUUAUUCUCGAGGUGGUCGAUGCUCGAGAUCCCCUUGGGACACGUUGCAAGCAGGUAGAGGAGGCAGUUACAUCAGCAAAAGGCAAUAAAAAACUGGUGUUAGUCCUCAACAAAGCUGAUCUGGUUCCGAGGGAAAAUUUAGAUGAAUGGUUGAAGUAUUUACGAGGAAGUUUACCUGCAGUUGCGUUUAAAGCCUCCACACAAGAGCAAUCUAAGAAGAUAGGAAGAAAAAAAUUGGGGCUCAAACAAGAGAAUAUGAUUCAGAGCAGUACAUGUUUCGGUGCUGAACUGCUAUUGUCUCUACUUGGUAAUUACUGCAGAAAUGCUGGAGGAGUUAAGCAAAGUAUCAGGGUGGGUAUUGUAGGGCUUCCCAACGUUGGUAAAUCCAGCAUCAUAAAUUCCUUGAAGCGGAGCAAAGCCUGCAGUGUUGGUAGCACUCCUGGAAUCACAAGAGCCAUGCAAACCGUUCAGUUAGAUUCGAAAAUUAAGUUGUUAGAUUCUCCUGGAAUUGUUUUUGCCAAUGAAAGUAACAGUGAGGAUUCUUCUGUGGCUUUGAAAAAUGCUGUGAAGGUUCAGAAUUUGAAGGAUCCGUUCACUCCAGCCACUGCUAUUCUCAAGAGAAUUUCAAAGACGCAAAUUAUGGAGCUGUAUGACAUGCAUGAUUUUGAGACUCCUGAGGAGUUUUUUGCAAAAAAAGCGGAGAGAAUGGGAAUGUUUAAAAAGGGGGGAAUAGCUGAUGUCACCGCGGCUGCCAGGAGUGUAUUAAAUGACUGGAACUCUGGCAAAAUUAGGUAUUACACAGUUCCUCCAGAACUACCAUCUGCCCAAGUAUCAGCUUCAAUUAUAACGAAAGACUGCGAAGAGUUCGACAUAACUAAAUUUACAGCAGAUGAAAAAAUGAUGUUGGAUAAUAUAACUGAAGACGGUUGCAAGAGGACUUCCGUAAUUGAUCCCCUGAUUAUUGACAGUACAGGUCCAGUGAACUCAGCAAUGGAGAGUGAAGCAAAAAAGAAAGAAUUCAAACUACAAAAAAUGAAUGAAAGGCGAAAUACAAAAUUAUCAGAAACAAAGAAAAAUCAGAACUUGAGGACGAAAAAGGUGGAGCCAGUCUUUGAGAUCGAGGGUAACCAAAAGCUCAAUAAACUCACCAAACUUCAGUUCAAAAGACAAAAGAAAGAAAAGGUCAAGAGGGAAAGGGCUGCUGGAAAAUUGGCCGAUCAGUUUAGCGCUUUCGAUUUAAAUACAAGAGAUGAUUAUAACUUCGAUACGGAUUUUAACAUGUGAGCAAGAUCGAUACAAAUUUAUUGUAAUAGAAUGAUAAAUAAAUUUCUGUAUCUUAAAAAUUAAUUAAAA